CACCGGAUCGCACCUUCAGCGAGGAGCUCUUCUACCAUUACUCCUCCUCGUCUUACUCAGACAUGAGCUUAGCCCGCCGCGUUCAGACAAGCGUGCACGGGGCCCUCAUCGGCCUAGCUAUUCCUUACAUAUGGCUCAACAUCACUCUUUUGGCGUCGGACGCACCGUCCGGCAGAUACUUGCCAGCUGCCCUCAUGGUGAUCGCUUGGGUCUUACUAGUGGCUGUCUUGGUUCUCAUGAGCAAGCGUGAUGGUCUCGACCCAUUUCAGCUAAGCUUGCAGGAUGGCGUCUCCCUUGCGUGCGCCUUCAUGCAUGGCGCUGUCUGUAAUCUCGAGUUGCGGAGGGGGCAUUCGCGUGCUCUACACACCAUCACCUCCCUCAUCUCCACUGUGGUGUUCGGUACACUUUGCAUGGGGGCCAUAGUGAUUCACCCCAUGGUGUCGAGGGGUAGCGAGGAGGACGCUGCCAUGGGACUGGUGAUGGAUGGCGGUGAGGAAGGAGCGCUCAGCCUCACCAACUCGCCGCGAAUCGAGUGGCCACACUUCUACACCUCGUCGCGCCUCAAGGUGUACCGCCUCGCUGCAGCAGUGUGCCUUGUCUCGCUGGCCAGCGUCACAGAGAGGGCGAUCCGCCGUGGCAUUGGGUUUCUCCCUGGGCUGAUGCUGAUAACCUUCAUGGCUGUUAGCGUCGCACUUUCGCUAAUCGUCAACGGCCCCAGGGAUGGCAAAAGCACCAAUCCAUACUACCGCCUGGCGAAAGGCACUCUAGUUGCGGCGAAUACCCUCCUGAUCGUCUUUGCGUACACCUUCGUGUUUGCUAGCUGGGCGGUGCUUCUUCGACCAUGGCCCAUCGUGCUAUUCUGUCUUUCAUCCGUGUCGCUGCUGAUUGCAGUUGUGCGGUACGACCAAGUUCACCCUAACGAGGACGCUGUGCGCCCGCCUAGCACCGACGUGGAUGCCACCACCCUCUUUGACCCCGAGACCGAAGGGAUUGAAUCAUAGGUAGAGAUCAUGUCACAGUAGUUAGCCAGUAUCCUACGUCAAUUGUUCGCUGCA